GUAGCAGUUUUUCCUAUAUAUUACAAGUGCAAAGAGCGCAAAAGUUUCCGAUAGAAGGAAGAAUUUAAAAGGCGGGAAAACACACACACAAACACACACAGAGCGCGCGAUGUACGGCGGGAACAACCAAUUCGACGGCAACGCAGCCUUUUCCGGCGGCGGUUUUAUGCCAUCGCAGGCUACUCAAACCGCCAGCGAUCAUUCUUUCUCUCCGGCCAAGAAUCGUGAUUCACAGACUUUGAUUCCAUUAACCGUCAAGCAAAUUAGUGAAGCCUUUCAAUCAAGUGAUGAUAAGACAAAUUUUCUCAUUGAUGGGGUUGAUGUGAAUAAUGUAAAACUGGUGGGUAUUUUAUUCAACAAAGCCGAAAUGUUGACAGCUGUAUCGUUUGUGGUGGAUGAUGGAACUGGGCGCCUUGACUGUUUUCGAUGGGUAAAUGAAGCUGUUGAUACCAAGGAAAUGGAAGCUCUCACAAAUGGCAUAUAUGUUCGCGUACAUGGACACUUGAAAGGCUUUCAAGGUAAAAAGCAGUUGAUGGCUUACUCGGUCAGGCCUGUUGAUGACUACAAUGAGAUUGCAAGCCACUUUGCAGAAGUCAUUUAUGUUCAUAGCUACAACAGUAGGCUACGGAAGCAACAGGAUAGUUCCUUUAUGUCAGCUCAAGUGCCUAGCUCAUCUUUCAACACUCCUUUAAAGGGAUACCAAGCUUCAGCUUCAAAUCAAUUCCCUGGAUUCAACAUGGACGGGAUCGGAGGUGUACAUAAAAUGGUCUUGGACUACUUGCAACAACCAUCGUGCCUUGCACUUGAAAAGGGGGUUCAUCGCAAUGAGCUUGCUCAACAGCUACGAGUCCCUUCUGAGAAGAUCAUGGAAGCUAUGGAAGCUCUCGAGUCUGAAGGUCUUGUUUACACCACGAUAGACGACUUCCACUACAAGUCUACUGCAAAUGCUUGAUGUUUGAUGUGGGAGUGAAAUUGAUAAGCAAUUUAUAAGCUAUGUCUUCCAUGUGUAUAUGCAUGAAGUUUUUUAGUUGGAGAUAUUGUUUUUCUUACCUCAAAUUGCCUUUUGUGAACCAUGUCUGCUAGCUUUUGACAGUUGCAACUUUUAUCUCAUCCUUAUCUAGAACUGUUUCAUUGUUGUC